UACAGUCACUAGCUGACUCUCAGCUCUCCUGCCUACAUUCAUGUGGCCUACCCACACCCAGAGAGGAGUCUGGAGUGACCCACAUGGAACGCAUCCCGGGGCGGUUUCGCGGAUCAUCGGAAACUUUCGGCUUUUUCCGGCGAUCUCGGUCAGUUAGCUAGCCAAGCCUGAUUAGCCUGCUACUACUACCAGCUAAUGUUUGUCGGAUGUUUCUCCCCGGGCUGAACCGGAGCGGAUGAUACACACAGAGUAAACAAAAACAAAACAAUGGCGGACGUCGAGGGACAGGGGGUUUGUUCAUCGGUCCCUCCGUUGCCUCAGCCUUCCUCUCGUAACGGCUCCGGUAGCGGUAACGUUACACCGGGCACCGGCGGCAGCUGCCAGACGGCAACCACCGUUACCUCAGGCCCACGGCUAGUCCGGAUAGUGAAGUCCGACUCGGGAUAUGGUUUCAAUGUUCGGGGACAAGUUAGUGAAGGUGGGCAACUACGGAGUAUUAACGGGGAACUGUACGCUCCGCUGCAACACGUUAGUGCCGUGCUACCGGGAGGUGCCGCCGACAGAGCCGGUAUCUCGAAGGGGGACCGGAUCCUUGAAGUUAAUGGCGUGAAUGUAGAGGGAGCGACCCACAAGCAGGUGGUGGACCUGAUCCGGGCUGGAGAGAGGGAGCUGGUCCUGGCCGUGCUGUCAGUACCACCGCAGGAGGCUGACUGUCUGGAUCCCGGAGACGAUGUUUCAGCACAGUCCUGCUAUGACUACUCUGACAAGCAGGCAGUCCCGAUCUCUGUGCCGAGCUACAAACACACUGAGCUCAACCAAGAAAAAUUUGUGGUAUAUAACGUGUACAUGGCAGGCAGGCAGCUAUGCUCCAAACGUUACCGCGAGUUUGUGAUCCUGCACCAAAACUUAAAGAGGGAGUUUGUCAACUUUACGUUCCCCAAGCUACCUGGGAAAUGGCCAUUUUCCCUGUCGGAGCAGCAGUUGGACGCGCGACGCAGAGGCCUGGAGGAAUACCUGGAGAAAGUGUGCUCUGUGCGGGUAAUCGGAGAAAGUGACAUCAUGCAGGAGUUCCUCUCUGAGUCAGAUGAGAACUAUAACGGCGUGUCCGAUGUGGAGUUGAGAAUAGCCAUGCCCGAUAAAACCACGCUCACUGUCAGAGUUCGCAAAAACUCCACCACAGAUCAGGUCUAUCAGGCCGUGGUCAUGAAACUAGGGAUGGACAGUGUAACAGCCAGCUACUUUGCUCUUUUUGAGGUCAUCAACCACACCUUUGUGCGUAAGCUUGCCCCCAACGAGUUCCCCCACAAACUCUAUGUACAGAACUAUACCUCAGCCAUCCCAGGAACCUGCCUCACCUUGCGCAAGUGGCUCUUUACUACAGAAGAGGAGAUUCUGCUCAACGACAACCAGCUUGCUGUGAACUACUUCUUUCACCAGGCAAUGGAUGAUGUGAAGAAAGGCUUCAUCAAAGCAGAGCAGAAGUCCUACCAGCUGCAAAAGCUAGCAGAGCAGAAGAAGAUGUCCAUGUACCUCAGUUUGUUGAGGGGUUGCGAAGGCUACAAUGAGAUCAUAUUCCCCCACUGUUCCUGUGACUCCCGACGCAAAGGCCACGUCAUUACAGCCAUCAGCAUUCACCACUUCAAGCUGCACGCCUGCACCGAGGAAGGGACACUCGAGAACCAGGUGAUUGCGUUUGACUGGGGGGAGAUGCAGAGGUGGGACACAGAUGAAGAGGGCAUGGCCUUCUGUUUUGAAUAUGCGCGAGGAGAGAAGAAACCACGCUGGGUCAAGAUAUUUACGCCCUAUUUCAACUAUAUGCAUGAGUGCUUCGAAAGAGUCUUCUGUGAGCUGAAGUGGAGGAAGGAGGUGGAAGAGGAGGCUACAGACAAGGACAAUAAGAACUGCAGUAAAGAUGGUAUGUGUGGCAAGAAUAUUUUCCAGCUGUUGAGGCACAGAAGGGAUGGAGGCACCUAGGAAGGGAGAUCGUUACCUCUUAACAAGACACCGUCAUCACCAACUCGGCUCAGUUCGGCCCUCAUCUAGCCCCAGACCCAGCAACACUCAGCUAUAAACCACAUGGUCAUCAUUUACACACCAUCAGCUACAACCCGAAAAGCCACCCCCGAUACAUGCAAACCAACAAGCAUCUGCGACUGAACAAGCUACAGACACAUGAACCAGAACUCUUGAAUCCAGCACAUCAUAAUCAUGCAUUAAGCAGAGCUCUGUCAAAAAGAAAUGACGCCUCUAUAGACUUAAAGUCGUGGAUUAAUGCAAGCCUUCUUCUUACUGGCAGGGACUUGAAGUGGAAUAUGACGUGUACAUGAGGAGGUUUGGAGCUUCUGUUGAAGUAAUCCUACCGGGAAGUGAAUAUGGUGGACUAAUAAGGGAAAGUGAAAGCUGUUAGUGCUCGCUAAGGGGAACACAGAUAACACAUGAUCAGCUACACUGAGGGUUAACCACAGGAAGACACUUAGUUUCUCAGUGUACAAAUCAGAGCAGCAGCGUCUUUUUUUUUUUUGUCUUUUUUGGCCAGUUGUUAGCGUGCAAAGUGCGUUUGUGCAUGUUAACUAUGCGUGCGUGGUGCGCCAAAAGCCAUGGGGCCGACCAGAGCGAGGCCCUCAGAAUGUAGAAGUCACGACUGAAUUAUGUGUCAUGCAUAAAUUUUCAUCGGUUUGCCGCUAGAUUUGCAUUUCUAAAAGAAAACUAUUAACAUUGUAAUGUGAGAAGGGAGAGAGAAAGCGGACAUUUUCUAGGAUUGUUAGACGCUAUUUUUAUUUUUUUUCUGUCAUAGAUUUGGCUGCACAGAGCACACAGCUGUGAGGGAAGUAAGCAGGAACAUGUUAAACGUUAGACUAAUGUUGCACUUUAUCCAACAGUAUUAACAACCUACAAAUGUGGGAAAUGUAACUUAAGAAGCAGAUAAUGGACAUGCAUAAUACUGGAAUUAGCCUGUACUGACUACAGUGUGAUUUUAUACUGCAUCAUCUCAUUUUAAGUGCAGUGUGCAGAGCCAUGCAUUAAAUGUUUCUUUAUUUAUAGUAUUAUAUAAACACUCCAUGCUAAUGUUUCGAGGCCAUUGUAGAGCAGCAGCGAUGCGGAGCACUGAUCAGACAAUGUAGUACGACAUGUUUAGUGUGCAUUACCCAUAUGAGACAGCAGGGGUCCUUCUCCUCCUACAUGCUCUCUCUUUAAGGCAGUGAUUACUUUCUCUCUGAGAGCAGGAUUUACAAUGGGUUUGUAAUUUAAAAGCAGCACUAUUUAUCUCUGUAGCUGGUCCUCAUGCACUCCAGAUCCAGGUUAAAUGGGAAGAGUAUUUCGUAGUGAAAAGGGUAGCUUGCAUCAGUAGCAUGACACAUAUGAAGAUAACUGCACAUUCACUAAAUGCUUUGUAGCAGCUGAGCACAUAACUGCUGUAUAAUGUAAUAGUAAACAGUGUAAUGUCCCUCUAAAUGAGCCUGGUUAAUGUUCUCAUCCCUAGAAUAAUAAUAAUAACCUAAUUUUCUGAUGAUGCAGUGGUGACUGCAGACUGACAAUAUAAACAUAAAAUAAUGCAAUUGCAGGUUAUUACACUAUCAAACCAUGACACUCUUAACUUAAUGCUGACAUAAAAUAACAAUUUAGUUGCACUACCACUUUAUUCGUCAAAUCUAAAUAGCUUUAUUGCAUUGUCAACUCAUUUAGGAGGACAUUUUUUCUUACAUUUCUUACAAGUUCUUACUUAAUCUGAAGGAUAUUACAUGUUCAAUAGCUACUAGCUUUUAUAGGAUGAGCCUUCCUGGUGAUGCCAUGGAUUAUCAUGAUGGUGAUAAGUACAUUUUCCAUUUUCCAAUAUGUUGCACAUCAUCACAUAGUUAAUUUAUGUACAAAUCACAUGUAAGACCAUCAAACUGAUGCUCAAAUAAUACGAUAAGGUCAUGUGAUCAUGAUAUGAUGCCAAUGAAUGUCAGUAUAUCAUAUUAUUCAGUUAUCGCCCAGCCCUAACUCCUGUUUAGCUCGUAAUGAGGAUAUCAACAGUAUUUUGUGUUUUCUACAAGCAAGCAAAGAGUCAUACAUCAGAGGCUGUUACUAAGGGUGCUUGUUAGAACAACGGUGCUGUUCACAAAAGCCAUUUUAGCUGAUGAAUGAGCUUCAGUAGACCUUGGAGAUUGUGUAAAAAAAAAAAAAGUUUAAUUAAAUGUGUUGAGCCUUGAAUUGAGAGACUGAAUGUGCAACCCUAAAGGCUGAACGAACUUCCCAGGAUUCUUGUCUGUUUACUGGACCGUAUCUGGCGUGUUCGAUUGUCUGAUAUAGUCUGAUCCGGCCACCUCCAAGUGUUGCACCCCCACCCUCUUUCUCUCUCUCAUUCUGACUAAAGUUAAGUGUCACUAACAUUAUUUAUUUCAGUAAGAUACAAUGUUAAAUUCAGUGUCUCUGUUGUUAAGUUUUUCACCUGAUAUGGUUUGGCUUUUUAGAGAGCCACACUAAGAAGAGGAUGGAGAUUGACAACCUGCAGAUUCUUUGAAAUGUUGAAAUGUAAAAUUUAAGACAAAGUGUUUGGUUACGUUGCUUACUGUAAUAAAUUGUAACAUAUUCUUUUAAAUAAACCGAUUUAUUGAUGCAAA